AUGAGUAAUAGCCAGCAAGAUGAAUUAGAUCAAAUUAAAUCCAAAAUACAAGAUCAUUUAAUAAGUUCGGGUAAUUACGAUAUAAUAAAUCAACAAUUAAAACUAAAAUUAUAUGAAAAUGGAUGGUAUGAUAAAAUAGCUCAAAUUGCAAGUACUGAAUUAAAUGAACAACACGACAAGCAUAAUAAAGAUUUAACAUUUGAUCAAUUAUUUACUUUUAUCAAACCAAAAGCUGAAAAUUUGGUACCUAAUGAAGUUAAACAAGAAAUUUUAGAGAAAAUUGUAAAUUAUUUGGACGAUACGCUACAAUAA